AUGAAGCUUUCAUGUCCAAGUGAUAAUGUUCUGAGAUUUACAGUGGCAACCCGGCUAUUCUCUAGUGAAUUGGUUAGCAUUGACGAGAGCUGGAAGAAGAAAUACAUUAGUUUACCUUCUUGUCGCGGUGGUACGAGGAAGUCAGGACAUUAUGUGCCAGGAGUACACUUGCAAGAUUCGUCAAUUGCUGAGAAGAUCUUGCCAAGAACAAAGACUGGAGAGAGGCUUGGCUUUGUGAGGACUUUGUUAAUUGACAAUUAUGAUAGUUACACCUUCAAUACAUAUCAGGCACUUAGUACCAUUAAUGGAGUGCCUCCUGUGGUGAUUCGAAACGAUGAGUGGACGUGGGAAGAAGCUUAUCAUUACUUAUAUGAAGACGCUGCUUUCGAUAAUAUUGUUAUAUCACCUGGACCUGGUUCUCCCAUGUGCCCAUCUGAUAUAGGAAUAUGUCUUCGCCUUUUGCUUGAAUGUCGUGAUAUUCCCAUUCUAGGCGUCUGCCUUGGCCACCAGGCACUGGGUUAUGUCCAUGGAGCUCAUGUGGUGCAUGCCCCAGAACCAGUCCAUGGACGGUUAAGUGGGAUUGAACAUGAUGGGAACAUAUUGUUUUCUCAUAUACCAUCCGGGAGAAACUCUGAUUUCAAGGUUGUUAGAUACCAUUCGCUGAUCAUAGAUAAGGAUUCACUGCCAAAGGAACUCGUACCGAUAGCGUGGACUAUUAAUGAUGACACUGGUUCUUUCUCUGAGAAAAGGUUCCUUGUUCCUGUGAAUAACUCUGUGAGCCCACCAAGGGACGGAUCAAUCGUUUCUGUUUCAGAAAAGUUGGAAAAUCAAAGUUAUUGGCCUUCGUCCCAUGUUGAUGGAAAACAAGAUAGACACAUUCUAAUGGGCAUCAUGCACUCUACUUUUCCUCAUUAUGGUUUACAGUUUCAUCCAGAGAGUAUUGCUACCACCUAUGGAAGUCAAAUAUUCAAGAACUUCAAAGACAUAACUGUGGAUUAUUGGAAUCACUGCAAAUAUCCAUCAUUGCUACGAAGAAAGAUUAAUGGAACCACAAAGAUGCAGGUGCCAGGUGCUUGUGAAUUGCUGAAAGAACUUUCCAGAAGUAGAAAUACAGGAAACGGUUCGAGCUAUUAUGAUAACCCUGUGACGUCCCUCUCUACUGCCAAGAAAAAUGGAGUAGACGUCUUAGAACCUAAUGCAAAAUUGCUGAGGUUGAAAUGGAAGAAGCUUGAACGUCUUGCACAUAAAGUUGGUGGAGCAAGAAAUAUAUUCAUGCAACUCUUUGGUAAAAGUAGAGGGCAUGAUACUUUUUGGCUGGAUACUUCCUCUAGUGACAAGGCUAGAGGGCGUUUUUCAUUCAUGGGCGGUAAAGGUGGAUCCCUCUGGAAGCAGUUGGCAUUCAGUUUAUCUGAUCAAAGUGAGAUUACAUCUAAACAUGGUGGACACCUUCUGAUUGAAGAUGCUUACAGUUCUACUGAGAAAAGAUUCUUAAAAGAAGGCUUUCUAGAUUUUUUACGUAAGGAACUUUCAUCUAUCUCUUAUGAUGAGAAGGACUUUGAAGGGUUGCCUUUUGAUUUCUAUGGUGGAUACGUAGGUUGUAUUGGGUAUGAUAUUAAAGUCGAAUGUGGAAUGCCAAAUAACCGUCACAAAUCCAAGGCUCCAGAUGCAUGUUUUUUCUUUGUAGAUAACAUUGUCGCAAUUGAUCAUCAUCUUGAUGACGUUUAUGUAUUAUCUCUUCACCAAGAUGGCACCGUAGAAACCUCUUUCCUCAAAGAUACCGAAGAGAAGCUCAUUAGCAUGAACGUUUCGUCUACAAGAAAGUGGAAGGAUCAAACGCUUCCUCCUAUAGAUUCAUCUACAAGUUUUGUCCCUGACAAAUCACGAGAGCAGUAUAUCAACGAUGUUGAGAGGUGUAUGCAGUACAUCAAAGACGGGGAGAGCUACGAGCUUUGUCUCACUACUCAGAACAGAUUGAAGAUAGGGAACACUGAUCCUUUGGGACUCUAUCUACACCUCAGAGAGAGGAAUCCAGCUCCAUAUGCAGCUUUUCUCAACUUCUCUAAUGCAAAUGUGUCUUUAUGCUGUUCAUCCCCUGAAAGGUUUCUUCAGCUAGACAGACAUGGAGUGCUUGAAGCAAAGCCGAUCAAGGGUACUAUGGCUCGUGGCUCCACACCUGAAGAAGAUGAACUUCUCAAACUGCAAUUGAAACUCAGGUACCACCAAAACCUUUAA